AUGGAUAAGUUUCUAGUGGGCGAUCGUGUUGAUGUGCCUUUAAAAACAGAUUCAGAGAUUUCAGAGAAAGACUUGAGACAACAGAAGAAUUCGGCUAAUAAGCCAGGUGUUUCAGGAUGGUUAAUGAAAGAUAUUGUUGAAAAGGACCAGGUGGACGCAGAUCUGUCAAAGAAUUUGCUUUGUAUACCAAAAAAUGCAGAAGGUGGUUUCCCUGUUCCGAAAAAACUUAGUUGGAAGCCAUUAGUAGCACAGUAUGAAUAUUCGAACAAGAAACUGGAAAAAGAAUCUCUUUUGAGCGAUGAAAUUAGUGAAGAAAAUAUGAGAAGUAUUUCUAAAAUGUCUCCUGAGGAAAUCAAAAAUGCAAAAGAAGAAUUGAUGAAAUCAUUAAAUCCUGAAUUGGUUCAAAAGUUAAUGCAAAAGAAAAGGUCUGAUAAUGAUGUCGAUAAUGUUACGAAUAAACAGAGGAAAAGUGUACAUUUUUCAUGUCCUGACAAAUGUAGUUUGAAUACAUCGUCUAUUCUUUCUAAUCAGAAAGAACAAAAGUCUUUUUUACCAACUGAUAUGCAUUUCCCUGCACCUCCGUCAUUUGGAGAUUUGGACCCAUCAUCACCUGAUUUCUUGAAACAUCUCCAUUCAAAGUAUUUUCCUGAUCUUCCUGUAGAUCCAUCUAAACUUGCUUGGAUGACACCACCAACAAUGGCUGAAGAUGAGAUGGAGUAUCAUGAAUCUAUGUCUGAAAUAGCACCUGAAUCCAUAAGAUUUGAUUUUAAUGGAGAUAUUUUAUCUCCGCGUAUUUCUAGGCAAAUUCCUAUGUAUAUAGGGCUACAUCAUCAUGCAGAUGCACCUUUGGCAGCAGGUUAUUCUAUACCAGAACUUGCUCAUCUUUCACGUUCAACAUUUCCUGCUCAGCGAUGUAUAGCUAUAUUGAUUCUUGGAAGAAUUUUGUAUAAACUUUCAAUGUAUACAUAUGGUCCUGUGGUGACAAGUGCAUUAAAAAAAGUUGUAGAGAAUUUAAAUGUCAUUGAUAGUCUAGUUGAGGCAGCAUGUGAAAAAACAACGCGUCAUUUAAGUGUAAAAGUGUAUGCUGAAGAAGCAUUGUAUCUUGCACAUUGUAAACAAAAUGAAUCUAUGUAA